AUGAGCGCGGAUGCCCCGACGAAGGAUAUCAAUAAAGAGGCAGAGAAUGGGCAAGUGGUUGCGGUUGAGGAGAAUGGAAGAGCCGUGGAGGUCGAUGUUGUCGACUGGACUGGAGAAGACGAUGUCGAGAAACCGCUGAAUUGGACCAACAAGCGGAAGAUAAAGCAGAUCCUUGUGAUUUGUUACAACACGUUCCUCACACCUCUAGGCUCCACGAUGUUUGCCCCAGCGAUCCAGCAAGUCAUGACAACCUUCCAUUCUUCGAACCCGCUUUUGGCUAGUUUUGUAGUCUCCGUUUGGGUUUUGGGUUACUUCUUCGGGCCGCUCGUCAUUGGACCAUUGUCGGAGCUCUACGGUCGACUUCCCAUCUACGCUGUCUGCAGUGUUUUGUUCGUACUCGCGAAUAUUGCGACAGCGCUUGCGCCUUCGCUGGGAUCCUUGAUAUUUUUCCGGUUUCUCGCAGGCACAUUUGGAGCGACGCCGAUUACUAUCGGUGCAGGAUCAUUUGGGGAUCUGAUUAAGCCACAGCAUCGCGGUGGUGUUAUUGCAAUCUGGUCGCUUGGACCUUUACUGGGACCGAUUCUUGGGCCCAUCGCGGGUGGGUAUCUGGGUGAGGAUGCGGGGUGGAGGUGGAUUUGCUGGUACGGAUCAAAGGUCCUCGCAAUUGCCGCAGGCGUCGGUAGUGUCGCGACCAUCAUCUUUCAGGAAGAAACCUACCCUGUCGUGUUGCUCGAACGAAAAGCAGCAAGGCUGCGAAAAGAGACCGGGGAGGAUAAUCUGACGUCUGCACUGGCCGGCGCGAAGAAGAAGCCGAGCGAAGUGUUCGCGCGUGGUAUUAUCAGACCCCUCAAGCUGCUAGUCAUGAGUCCCGUCGUGGCAAGCUUGAGCAUAUACCAAGGCCUCGUGUAUGGCUUCAUGUACCUGCUCUUCACGACAUUCCCAAUUGUGUUCCAGUACCAGUACGGCUUCAGCAGUGGAACGAUUGGUCUAACAUAUCUAGGGAUGGGCGUCGGCUCGUUGAUUGGCCUCGUCUGGGGCGGUAUAUGGUCGGAUAGCUUGUACAAGAAGAAGGCCAAGCAAGGAGCUUGGAAGCCAGAGUAUCGUCUGCUGCCGCUGGUCCCGGGUUGCUUGUUCGUACCAAUUGGUCUGUUCUGGUAUGGAUGGUCCGCUCAGGCAAAGGUGCACUGGAUUGUGCCAAUCAUUGGGACGAUGUUCAUGGGUAUUGGCGUGAACAUGCUCAUGGUAUGUUAUCGUUCCACUUUCCGAGGGACCGUACUGAUCGAGGGCUAG